AAAUCGUAGUGAUUGUAUUGAACCGAUCACUCAAAACAGUACUUCGUUUUCCUCACCACCAUAAAACGUGUUCAACCUUUUUACUACAAAAAGAAAAUUCAGAACACAAGACAGAAAGGUCCACUCUCAGACUCCGGCGGACGGACCCCAAAAACUCAAAACCCCAACCCAUAAACCUGGAAAAUGUAAUUCGGAUUGUCCCUCACUUUCUAGGCAACAUCUUCAUAUCCUAAUUCCCCCAAUACACUUGUUUAAUUUCCACACCAUGGAUCCAGAGCAAACUUUUAUUCGAGUCCAAGAGCGCUUCUCCCAGAUACUUACCCCAAAAGUCAGAGCUGCUUUGGAGUAUCUCUGCCUAUUUAUCGCCAUCACCUUGUUUUGUGUUCUUGUUGUUAUGCACGCCAAUUACGUUCAACAACCUGGCUGUUCAAGCGAGCUGUCUGGAGUUAAAACAACAGAAGCUCAACUCAUCCAAAUUAAGAUAACUAGUGCUGGGUUGUGGUCACAAGAUGAGUUUGUAUCUAGCAUGACAGAUAUUCCUGACAUGAAAUCUGGAUCGAAUAAACUAGAUGAUACAAACAUGGAUGAAGAUGGGUUAACAUAUGCAGCUGUAAAAUCCGGUGCUAGGAGGGGAAAAUUGACACCAAAGUUUUUGAAAACUGAUAAUGAACUUCAUGAACAUCAAGCUGAUGGCUCUGUCAAUAGCCAUAGCUCUGAUCUUAUCAUUGAUGAUGUUGUAAAAUCUGAUAAAGAGGAACCGCGGAGUAGAUUUCCUCUAUCAGCCAGGGAGACAUUUAAAGCAGCAGUUAUUCACUUUGGAAAAAAGUGGUAUAGACGGAUAUCAUUCCUUUGGAAGCACCUGACUAAAAUCCUUGGAAGUAUCUUGAAGCUGUCGAAUAUUGCAGGUAUACCUUUAGAUCUCGAUAUUUCAAAGUGGCUGCGUUUACUUCAUUUAGAGAAGGUUAAAUUAUAUGCAGUUCAGUUGCUUGAGAAACACAGCAAAACAUUUGAGCCAACAUAUUUAUACACUAUGGAAAAGGGAUAUUUUUUGCUGCCUGAUGAUGCUAAGUCUCAGCAUAAUAUACACACUGUCAACAUCAGCAUAUCAGCUCGGCAUCCUUGCUUUGGAAAUAGGUGGCAACAACUCCUCAUUAACAGAUUUGUUGGAUACGAUACUAUUUUGAUGAAUAGUUUGCUGAGUUCUCCUGGUCAAGGUUAUCUUUAUAUAUUUCAAUCCAAAGAGAUCUAUAAUCUUAGCUAUGCACAAGAACCACCAGAAGGUCCUGCAAGAUUUGGUGAUUAUCUUGUGACUAAGUGUGGUGUGCUUAUGAUGUCCCUAUUUGUGUUUUUUACGACUACAAUGUCAGUAUCAUUCACUUUGAGAGAGACACAAACUCGAAUGCUGAAGUUUACAGUGCAGCUUCAACACCAUGCUCGGCAUAGGCUUCCAACUUUCCAGUUGAUUUUUGUGCAUGUAAUUGAAUCACUAGUCUUUGUGCCAAUAAUGAUUGGUAUCUUGUUUUUUCUGUUUGAGUUUUAUGAUGACCAACUAUUGGCUUUUGUUGUCCUGAUACUAGUGUGGUUGAGUGAACUAUUUACAUUAAUCAGCGUUCGGACACCUAUAUCGAUGAAGUUCUUUCCGCGCUUCUUUUUGUUAUAUUUUCUGGUUUUCCACAUAUAUUUCUUUUCAUACGCCUAUGGAUUUUCCUAUUUGGCACUCUCUACAACUGCGGCUUUUAUGCAUCAUCUCAUUCUAUACUUUUGGAAUCGUUUUGAGGUGCCAGCUUUGCAAAGGUUUAUGCAAAAUCGUCGAUCACAGCUUCAGCAACACCCGGACUUCCAGAUUACCUCCUCGACUAUCCUUGCUUCAACUCUCCACAUCACAAGAUUAAACACAAGAAACCCGGGACCAGCUAAUACAGACACGGCCACAGGGCCUGGGUUGAGAGCUGCGCCGGAUCAAGCAGCACCAGCAAAUGGAGCUGAACCUCAAUUUCAAGGACGAACGGAAAAUGACAACCCUCUUCACCAGAUGCCUGGUCAAGGUGACCCUAGGCAAGCAGAUAAUGGUGAUCACUCUGGGACUAUGAGUUCAUUCAGUUCUCUAUUACUGUGGAUCUUGGGAGGGGCUUCUUCUGAAAGCCUCAACUCUUUUCUUUCAAUUUUCAGAGACGUGAGAGACCAAGGACAAGUUUAUGCUGAAUCGCCACCCGCCGAAGAUCAAACAAAUCAGGAUGUAAGAUAGUAUUGUAACAUUGAAUAUUUGAAAGUUACUAGUUAGUAUGGAAAAUGUUUUGUUGCCAAAUACAUGAUAGUAUAGGAAAUGCUCACGUGUGCAAUGUAAUCACAUGUAAUAUUUGCUCACAAAUGAAUAUGAAAGGAAAAUAUUUAUAUGUGGGGAGAGGUCCAAUUAUAAUUUUGAGAA